AUGAACCACAACCGGAGCUCGACGUCGAUUCAUGUGAAUCCCCUCCAGCACCAUUGUUAUCUCUAUUUCGGAAGCGAUUUAUCAUCCUCUGAAUGCAUAAAUCUGCUGAGUUUGAUCAUCCAUUUGGACAAAAGCGGCGUCCCCAAAUGUUUCCCCGAGCGGCGAGGUGAGGCAUUUUUAGCAACGGAUAAAGAGAUUUCGUCGUAUUUACCUUUUUUGGUCAUCCAGAUUUUAAGGAAUUAGCCAGAGAUUACCGUUCUCUUCCAUGACUUUUCAAAUACCAAAGUCUAUUUUUAAAACCAAAAAUGGGGUGUUGCUUGAUUACAAUUGUAUAUCAAAUAAUAUAAUCGGUUUUAAAAACUUCUAAAUUUUAAUAAGGCUUGUCUGCACGGUGCAGGUUAAUUAUGUUAUGAUUAUAUUUCUUACAGGCCCACUGGUCGAACACAACGACGAUUACUACAAACCCUGUGCCGAGUAUGAUCAUCAGAUCACCCGCUAUGUACUCCCUAUUCUCCAAAUCCUCUGUUUCUUCGGGAAUGCCUUUAAUCUCCUGAUCUAUCGCUUGCCCUACUUUGAUGGGAGCAGUUCAGUGAACUUUCUAAGAGUCAAAACUAUCGCCAAUUUUAUUUUUGUGGAGUCCAGACUGUUAGAAGUACUGCAUGCUUUUACUUUCGAACCGAACUCCCAAUUUGAGCCGUUCUAUUGGAAGACGAAACCUUUCAUUAUCACCAUUGCUAACAUCAGCGGAACACUCUCUACAUGGUAAUUAACUAUCUUCUUUGAAAGGAUUAGAGAGCUUAGAACGCCCAGAUGACAUAAUAUUAACUGCAUUUUGCAAAGAUUUUUUUCAGGUUGACCUUGUUCGUAACAAUUGAAACAGCGUUAUGUGUCAUCCUGCCAUUUAGUUUCCGUCAAUUGUGUACUCGAAGGACGACGAUGACAGUUCUCUUUAGCUCUAUAAUUUCAAGUACUCUUCUACAUUCGACCUUCUUCUACACUCACACAGUUCGGCCAGUAAUCUCGGUACAAUGGCCGAAUGGGACCAGGAGUUCGAAUGAUAUCCCCAAAUGUUGGUACAUAUCACUCAGUUAUUCGUUGCAAGCAGACAGUCCGAGGGUUCAGGAGAUCUUUGAGAAGGUCUAUUAUUGGAGUCAGACCAUGUUUUCAAUCGUCAUUCCAAAUAUUGUUAUGCUUAUUUGUUCCGUCCUUAUCGUUACCAAAUUCACUUUUAAAGUAAGUUUUCUUAAGAGUCUGUACUUUUCCUAAUUGAAGUUAUUUUUAACUGUCAAAUUUGUGUUAAGCGGACAAUACGAGACGCAGAGUUCAAUUAUAUUAUUCACCAAAAGCACCUUUCAGGAAUUGGGGGAAGCCUUUUCCCAGCGUCGCCGUUGUGUAAUUCGAUUGACCGUUGCCACGACAUUAUCUCAUUUGUUAUUUGAAGGCCCGGCCCUUCUGACGUUUGGAGCCGCCGCCAUUAAGGGAACAGACUCGGACCAACACAACCUCACAGUAUGUAUUCUGAACCACACCAACAACCUCCUCUCGAUUAUCAACGCUACGAUUCCUUUCUUUGUUUUCUUGGCCUGUAAUCAGCAGUUCAGAAACAUGAGUACCAUCUAUUUGAAGGCCCAAACCGAGUUGCGACGAGAAAAAAGAGAGGCUUUGAUGGCGCAAGCCUUAAAUCGCAGUCGCCUCGGGGGCACAGCGAACCAUUCCAAGGUUUCAAAUCUUUAA